GAUCAUCGCCCAUGUUCCGGAGCUCGGUGCUUAUCCUGAACCAACCCUUCGACGGCAACUUGGUGCGCCCGGACAGCGAGGCCUUUAAACAGCUCAGCGCGGAAUUUAAGCUGCUGCUUUCUCAAUCCGUGGGGCGUUAUCUGCGGCCCCCGCACAACAUUCCCUCCGUCGAGGUCCUUCGCUUUGCGCCGGCCCCCACGCCUGGUGCGCUGACCGUCACCUGCGACAUCAAGCUUCCGCGCGCCGACCCGAGGGACCUGCAGCGCGCCAUCCGCUCGGUCCUGGACGGCGGCCGCCUCGGCAGGUUUCAAGUGUCCGGCCAACAGUCCACCUUCACUCAGCUUGGCGUGGCGACACCUCAUCCUGGCGGCAUUCAUUGUGGAGCCGACCAGUUUGCCUGCGAUCACAAUAGGCGGUGCGUCGAAACUUCACGUAGAUGUGAUGGGCAUCUUGACUGCAAUGACGGCUACGAUGAAGAAAACUGCGUCAUUACAGGUUCUGCAGGCCCUCCACAUCAUGGAUUUCAGUGCAAGCCUGAUCAAUUCCUUUGUGAUGGCCGUCGGUGUGUAGAGAAAUCCCAGAUAUGUGAUGGUCACCGUGACUGUUCUGAUGAAACUGAUGAACGGAACUGCUCCUCUAGAGAAGUACCUCCUCACCACACUGAUGGAUUCCAGUGUGGUCCUGACCAAUUUGUUUGUGAUGGCCGUCGAUGUGUGCCCUCUGCUGGCAAGUGCGAUGGCCACCGUGAUUGUGCUGAUGGCACUGAUGAACAGGACUGCCAAUCAGGAGAAGUUCCAACUCAUCAUGAAGGAGCUCAUUGUGGACCAAAUCAGUUUGUUUGUGAUGGCCGUCGUUGCGUUGAUGCUUCUGGAAAGUGUGAUGGUCGUCGGGAUUGUGCUGAUGGCACUGAUGAACGUGAUUGUCCAUCAAGAGAAGUCCCAACUCAUCAUGAAGAUGCUCACUGUGGACCUGAUCAGUUUGUUUGUGAUGGCCGUCGUUGUGUUGAUGCAUCUGGAAAAUGUGAUGGUCGUCCUGAUUGUUCUGAUGGCACUGAUGAACGUGAUUGUCCAUCAAGAGAAGCCCCAACUCGUGACAGUGCCCACUGUGGACCUGAUCAGUUUGUUUGUGAUGGCCGUCGUUGUGUUGAUUCAUCUGGAAAAUGCGAUGGUCAUCCCGAUUGUGCUGAUGGCACUGAUGAACGUGAUUGUCCAUCAAGAGAAGUCCCAACUCAUCAUGAAGAUGCUCACUGUGGACCUAAUCAGUUUGUUUGUGAUGGCCGUCGUUGUGUUGAUGCAUCUGGAAAAUGUGAUGGUCGUCCUGAUUGUGCUGAUGGCACUGAUGAGCGUGAUUGUCCAUCAAGGGAAGUUCCAACUCAUCAUGAAGGAUCUCAUUGUGGACCCAAUCAGUUUGCUUGCGAUGGUCGUCGUUGUGUUGAUGCAUCUGGAAAGUGUGAUGGUCGUCCUGAUUGUGCUGAUGGAACUGAUGAGCAGAAUUGUCCACCAAGUGAAGUUUCUCCUCCUCAUGGUGAAGGUGUUCAGUGUGAACAUGAUCAAUUCAUUUGCGAUGGUCGGCGAUGUGUUGAUGUAUCAAAGAGGUGCGAUGGUCGCCCUGAUUGUGCUGAUGGAGCUGAUGAACAUGACUGCCCAUCGACCGAAGUGCAUCCACUUCAUGGAGAUGGAUUUCAAUGUGGACCACAUCAGUUUGUCUGCGAUCACCGCCGGUGUGUUGAUCUGUCUAGAAAGUGUGAUAGUCGUCCAGACUGCAUUGAUGGAGCUGAUGAACAUGAUUGCCCAUCAAUUGAAGCUUUCCCUCAUCAUUCUGAAGAGAUUCUCUGUGGGCUUGAUCAGUUCAUUUGCGAUGGUCACCGAUGUGUUGACGCGUCAAGAAGAUGUGAUGGUCAUCUUGACUGUGCCGAUGGAACUGAUGAACAUGGCUGCCCACAUAAAGUUCCAUCUCAGCCCCAUGAAGGAGAUCACUGUGGCUCUGGACAAUUUCUUUGUGAUGGUCGGCAGUGUGUUGACUCGUCAAGAAAAUGUGAUGGUCACCUUGAUUGUAGGGAUGGCACUGAUGAACAGGACUGCCCCUCGGUAGAAGCUCCUACCCACACCCCUGGAUUUCAGUGUCAGCCCAAUCAGUUCGUUUGUGAUGGUCGUAGAUGUGUGGACUCGUCUGGAAAAUGUGAUGGAAAGCGUGAUUGUGCAGAUGGAACUGAUGAACAUGGCUGCCCGCCAAAAGAAGUUCCUUCUCCCUGUGGUCCCGGUCACUUUGUUUGUGAUGGCAGGCGCUGUGUUCCUUUGUCUGGAAAGUGUAACGGCCAUCGUGAUUGUGCUGAUGGCAGUGAUGAACAAGACUGUGCAAAACAGGAAGGCGAUGGAGGAUCUUACUGUGGCCCUCACCAGUUUGUCUGCGAUGGUCGUAGGUGUGUUGAUAAGGCUGGGAAGUGUGAUGGCCGUCCUGACUGUGCUGAUGGAUCUGAUGAAAGGAACUGCCCAGGUGAAGACAAAGUGCCGAGUGCCUCUGGGAGCCUAUGCGAUUCAACAAUGUUUCGUUGUGGUGAUGGCACUUGCAUCCCUCUGUCAUACGCUUGUGAUGGAGAGCUAGAUUGUAAUGACGGCUCCGAUGAGCUUUGUGUAGACUGUGCACCGGAUCAAUUCAAGUGUGAUGGUGGAAGGCGAUGUGUUGACUCCACAAGAAGAUGUGAUGGUCACUAUGACUGUGCUGAUCGCACUGAUGAGCAAGGCUGCGCACCUCAUCCUGGAGGGCAAUCACUGCCAGCUGUGGAUGACUGCACUGCGGACGAGUUUCGGUGCGGUAGGGGCAAGUGCAUUGCUAAGGCAUUGGUUUGCAAUGGCAGGCGAGAUUGCACAGACAACUCUGAUGAGAGCGACUGCCCAUGCCGGCAGGGGCAAUUUAGGUGUGGCAAUGGCAAUUGCAUCAAGAUGGAAAGGCGCUGCGAUGGCUACCAUGACUGCCAGGAUAGGAGUGAUGAACUUGAUUGUCCUGGCGUCUGCAGGCCUAGUGAAUUCCGAUGCCAUAGUGGCACGUGUGUCCCUGAACGUGCUCGUUGUGAUGGGCGCAGGGACUGUCCAGAUGGAUCCGAUGAGAGCCAGUGUGCUCACAGCUGCAGGGCUGACCAAAUACGAUGCCAAGGUGGUGGCUGUCUAAGCAUCUCUCGAAGGUGUGAUGGAGUCUCGGAUUGCCCUAACGGAGAAGAUGAGCUGUCAUGUGGCAAUGGGCACGUGUGUCAGUCUCACGAGUACAAGUGCAUGUCUGGACACUGCAUUGAUUCACGCCAGAAGUGCAACAGAGUCAAGGACUGCCCAGACGGUGAUGACGAAGACAAUUGCGUCGGGGACACUAAACCAUGUAAGGAACGUGAAUUUCAGUGCCGAGAUGGUACAUGUUUGCCUGAUCACUUUCGUUGCAAUGGACGUUCAGAAUGUAGGGAUUCUUCAGAUGAAGAAAAUUGUCAUAAACAUAUGGUUUCUACACGGGAGCUGUGCAAUUCGUCAAACUUUCGGUGUCACAGUGGCGAGUGCAUUAAUUCAUCAUUCGUCUGUGAUGGCGAAUAUGAUUGUGGUGAUGGAUCUGAUGAGCGCUGUGAUAAACGUAUGAUUUCUAUACGGGAGCCGUGCAAUUCGCCAGCCUUUCGGUGUCACAAUGGUGAUUGCAUUACUCCAUCAUUCGUCUGUGACGGCGAGUACGAUUGUGGUGAUGGAUCUGAUGAGCACUGUGAUUGCAAAGAAAAUGAGUUUAAAUGUGGUAAUGGGAAGUGCAUCGAUAUACAAAAGAAGUGCGACAGACGUGUCGACUGUUACGAUUUUUCGGAUGAAGCCAACUGUGAAUGCCAAGACAGUGAAUUUCGCUGUGGAGAUGGCAAAUGCAUUGAAGGCCGAAGACGAUGUGAUGGCACUGCUGACUGCAGAGACUACUCAGAUGAAACCAGUUGUGCCUGCAAGGACAACGAGUUUCGCUGUGGAGAUGGAAGCUGCAUUGAUGUCCGCAGGAAAUGUGAUGGAACUGCUGACUGCCGGGACUAUGCCGAUGAAAGGAACUGUAGCUGCAAGGCCAAUGAAUUCAGGUGUGGUGACGGAGCCUGCAUCGAUAAAUCUAGACAAUGUGACCGCACGCCUGAUUGUAGGGACCAUUCUGAUGAGCACAACUGUCCCGUUCCAGGUUGCCCUGCCUCUCAGUUCAGGUGUGGUGAUGGGCGAUGCAUUGACAUUAGCAGAAAGUGCGAUGACCGAGUGGACUGCCCAGACUUCUCUGAUGAAGCUAAUUGUGUGUCUGAUGCUUGCCGAGCUGAUGAGUUCAAGUGCAAAUCUGGUCAAUGCAUAAGGCUUUCUGGAAAGUGUAAUCGUCACAAGGAUUGCUCUGAUGGAAGUGACGAAGAAAAUUGCUGCACAGCUGAACAAUUUCAGUGCAGGACUGGAGAGUGCAUUGCAAGAAGCCACCGGUGUGAUGGCCACUACCAGUGCAGGGAUGGGUCUGAUGAACUCGAGUGUAAAUCUCACCUCUGCAGGCCUUCACAAUUCCGAUGUCAGUCGGGGCUCUGUAUAGACAGAGAUGAAUUUUGUGAUGGAGUGCCUCACUGUCCUGAUCGGUCUGAUGAGCUUAACUGCUGGACAUGCCAGCCUGGACAGUAUGUAUGUGCUAAUGCUCAAUGCAUUGAACGAUCCCAACGUUGUGAUGGUCGUUUUGACUGCACAGACUUUUCUGAUGAAGCGGACUGUGAUCCUGAUGCGGGUGUGAACAUCAAGGUGUACCCAGAAAGACAGACAAUUAAACAAGGCCAAGAGGUUGUGUUCCGCUGCCGAGAUGAGGGCACCAGGCGCUCUCAGGUUAAGUGGACGCGACCGGAUGACAGCCCCUUGCCUCCCCAGUCAACCGAUGCUCGUGGAAGGCUGACUAUGCCCAACGUGCAGCCCGACCAUGGGGGCGUCUACCUUUGCAAGGCUGUGGGUGUCCAGGCCUCCACAUCGGGAGCUCAGAAGGCUGCUUUCCUCACCGUGCAGCCAUACAAGGGUGUCUGCCAUCCACCACUCUUCAAUGACAAGGCCCAGUCUAGCUCAGAAUGUCUUCGCUGCUUCUGCUUCGGUGUUUCUCAAACUUGCCAUAGUAGCAGUUUGAACAAAAUAACCAUUUCUCUAGCCAAUGAAGUGUCCGUCGCUACCAUGAGCAUCCUUCCUGAUGGAAGCUACAUGGAUGUCACAGAAAAGUUUAGGCCUGACCAGAAUGCAGUGCGUUCUAACCCUGCAAACCACGAGUUCAAAAUAGACAGCCAAGUAAAAACGUCAGAGGCACCUGUCCACUACUAUUGGAGCCUGCCUGCAGAAUUUCUUGGAAACCAGAUCAACAGCUAUGGAGGUCAGCUGAAGUACACCUUCAGGUACCAAGCAUCAUCAAGACCUGUGCAAGCUGCGGACAUUAUCAUAAGAGGAAAUGGGGUCACAUUGUAUCACACUCUGAGGCAGUCGUAUGGUCCUCUCAGAGACAAUGCCAUCGAAGUACAAUUUGCAGAGGGCGAAUGGCACAAGGAUGCUCGGCACAGUGCCAUUGGCAGCCCUGACACAGCCACCAGGGAAGACAUCAUGCUUGUUCUGCAGAAUGUCGAAGGCAUUUUUAUUCGAGCCAGCUUUGAUAGUGAAUUAGCAGAGUCAAGCAUUCAUGGCCUUGAGAUGGAUUCAGCUUCUUAUUCCAGUCCCAAAAAUCCUCCUGCUGCUUCUGUGGAGCAGUGCUCUUGUCCGACAGGCUACACGGGGAAUUCUUGUGAGAACUGUGCACCUGGCUACAUCAGACGGCGGUCUGGGACCUACUUGGGAGAGUGUGUUCAAGGUGUGCUUCCUUGCAACUGCAAUGGCCACUCAAAUUCCUGUGACCAACAGACUGGUCGCUGUCUGAAUUGUCAGCACAACACGGAUGGUCCAAGCUGUGAAAUGUGCAAGCGGGGUUUCUAUGGUGAUGCAAGGCGAGGUACAUCAAGUGAUUGCCAGCCUUGUCCAUGCCCUAUGGUUGAUGUACCUGGACAGUUUUCUCCAACCUGUGUGUUGGAGGCCGAUGGCCAAGUGACCUGCAACUCAUGUCCCAUUGGUUUUGAAGGCAGGCGUUGCGAACGCUGUGCUCCAGGUUAUGAGCGAUACCCACCUGGCUCUGUGGAUGGAUCAUGUCACCUAAAAGAAUGUGAACCUGGCCAGUUUCAGUGUGGUGAUGGGUCAUGCAUAGAUUACAGGAGAAGGUGUGAUGGUCAUUAUGACUGUAACGAUUACACUGAUGAGCAGAACUGUGCAUGUGGUUAUAACCAAUUCAGAUGUCCUGAUGGAACUUGCCUCAGUGUUCGCAAAAGGUGCGACGGCAAGGCAGACUGCAUAGACAUGUCUGAUGAGAGCAAUUGUGGUGCACCACAGUGUGAUACAGCUGGCAGCCUAAGUCCACAGCGAAGUCCAUCAACCGGCCUGUGUCAGUGCAAGCCCCUGGUGACCGGAGCUUCAUGUGACCAAUGCAAAGCAAACUCCUUCCACCUUCACCCAAGUUCUCCUCUUGGCUGUGUGGAAUGCUUCUGCAUGGGCAUCACCAAGUCCUGUUCCAGUAGCUUCUACCAUAGAGAGCAGGAGGUGUUAAGGUUCUCGACUAGUACUGAGGGUGUCCAUCUGACAACUUUAGACAGGGCUACAACAAUUGACCGUGGACUGAAGCUGGAUCCCCGGAGCAAGGAGCUGGUUUAUCAGGACUUUGCAGCACAUCCUCGUCAGUCCUACUACUGGCAACUUCCUCAGAGGUUCUUGGGCGAUAAGGUGACGUCAUAUGGGGGAUUUUUGAACUAUACAAUAAGGAGUGAUGGUACUGACAGACAAAGCAGAAGUCCCGAUGUCCAGAUCACAGGAAACAAGAUCAUACUCAUCUACAGGCAUCCUGAGAGGCUGAAACUCAGGUUUCCACAGACAGUGUCAAUUCCAAUGUAUGAGACCUCAUGGAUCAGAGCUGAUGGUUUACCUGCAACCAGAGAGCACUUCCUGAUGGUGCUUGCCGACUUGAGCUCCAUACUUGUAAAAGCAACACUCAGUGAAGAGACCGACACUGCCAGCCUUGUGGAGGCAUCUCUUGACAUAGCCGUGGAGUAUCCGACUGGGCAGGCCCUGGCUCACGCUGUGGAGCACUGCCGUUGCCCCAUUGGCUACAAGGGCCUUUCGUGUGAGGAUUGCGAUGCUGGAUACACACGCUCAGGUGCUGGCCUCUACUUGGGGCUCUGUGUGCCCUGCUUCUGCAAUGGCCACUCCAGUGACUGUGACCCAGAGACUGGAGCCUGCAGUAACUGCCAACACAAUACACAGGGUGAAUAUUGUGAAGAAUGCCUACCUGGUUUUAUUGGUGAUGCUACCGGAGGCACUCCAAGUGACUGUGAGGCUGUCCUGGUACCAUCCUGUAGAUGUGACAACCGAGGUAGUACAAGGCAAGAGUGUGAUGCCAGAGACAACUGCCCUUGCAAGAGCAAUGUGCAAGGAAAGAAUUGCAACCGCUGCAAGGAAGGAUAUUUCAACUUGGAAGCGUCGAACCCCGAAGGCUGCUCUCGUUGCUUCUGUUUUGGGGUCACUGAGCAGUGCAGUAGCAGCUCUUAUUACAGGAGCGAGGUCAGGAUGCUCUUGCAAGAUUUGCGGGAUCCAUAUGCCCACAAUUUCCAGCUGUCUAAUCGAUACCAUUCCAACAUUGUCACUGAGACCAUUGUGGUCAACCCAUCAAACAAUGAAGUCAGCUACUCAUCAUUCCCACGUGAUCCUGCUGAAAAAGAGACCUUGUUUUGGUCACUUCCAGCACAAUUUUUGGGCAACAAGCUUGCAUCCUAUGGAGGAGUGCUUCGCUACACCCAACGGUUCACGGCAGACAGUGAUGGAGAAACCUACAGUGAUGCUGAUGUUCAGAUUACUGGAAACGGUGUCACCAUAUUCUACGUAAACAUUCCUCCUCUCCCACCCUCUGAGACGAGAACCUUUGAAAUAUUAUUAAGAGAGGAUAAAUGGCAACGAGUAGACUCUCGUGGCCCCACAGUAGCCACCCGAGAGGACAUAAUGAAGGUGCUGGCCAAUGUGGAGGUCCUUCUGAUUCGGGCGUCCUUCAGCUCGCGGAUGCGCAGCUCUAGCCUAAGUGACGUUUCGCUGUCAACAGCCGUCCCUCUGCGGUCUGCAGGCCAUGCCGUGGCCGUAGAAGUGGAGCAGUGCAUCUGUCCUCCUGGAUACAAUGGUCUUUCUUGUGAGGAAUGUGCACCAGGCUACAUCAGGGAUGUCAGUGGCCCUGGUCUUGGAAGGUGCACACGAUGCCGCUGCAAUGGCCAUUCAGAGUCGUGCGAUGCAGCAACUGGAAACUGUGUUAGGUGUAGGCACAACACUGUUGGAGAUUACUGCCAGAGGUGUGCUGAUGGAUUUUAUGGUGAUGCAACUAGGGGCACACCCGAGGACUGUAAGCCAUGUCCAUGUCCGCACACAAUGCCAUCCAACCAGUUUUCUCCAACUUGCUUUUUGGACACUGACAACAAGCCAACAUGCAAUGCCUGCCCGCCUGGUUACACAGGACGAAACUGCGAGCAAUGCUCACCUGGCUACAGUGGCAACCCUCUUCAGCUGGGAGGUCGCUGUGAACCUUCGGGAGGUGGUGGUGGCCAGUCUAUGAGAGUUCAGGUUGAACAACCUCGAAUUCAAAAAGUUCCAGUAGGGUCAACUGUGACGAUGCGCUGCACUGGAUAUUCUCAAUCGAAGGCACCGUUCUCAUUGGUGUGGACCAAAGAAUUUGGAAGCUUGCCUUUAAGAGCCACAGAAGCAAGUGGAAUAUUGACAGUGCCUGAUGUUCGUGUUGAAGACAAUGGAACGUAUGUGUGCACCGGUUCAGAUGUCUCAAGUGUUGCACAAGACAAGGCCAUUCUUCACGUUGAUGGGCUUGACCAGAAAUCAGCUCCAAGAGCACGGAUUGAGCCCCAUUUUCAAGAGGUUAACGUUGGACAGCCAGUAGAGUUUCGUUGCCUGGCUGAUGGCUUCCCUGAGCCAAAGGUUGAAUGGUCAGGAGGGCGCAAUGGCAGGCUCAAUCCAGAGUCCACAUUCAUUGAUGGAAUCUUCCGGAUACCAGCUGCCCGCAAAUCUGAUGAAGCAGAGUACUUUUGUACUGCAAGCAAUUCCAUGGGAACAGAUAACAUUAGGACAGUGCUGUUUGUGAAAGGAGAAACAAUGGCCGACAUUGUUUCCGAAGAUGACUCAGGUGCUGGAGAGGGGCCCCACCUUACCAUUCAGCCAACAAGUAUCGAGGCCAGGAAAGGAGAGACUGUACACUUUGAAUGCAGAGCCUCUGGACGGCCAACACCCAACAUCACAUGGUCAUUUUCUGGUGGCCCAAUGCCAAAGAAUGUGAACCAGGUGGGAGGUAGGCUGACUUUGCUGAAUGUUGACGAGCAGAACCAAGGAAGCUACAUGUGUGUCGCAAGCAAUCGUUAUGGAACAGCACAAGGCCAGGCACCUUUGCAGCUAACAACAAGAAGGAACAUUCCUUCAGUGCACAUUGAACCGGAGAGACAGACGGUGCGCCAGGGAGAGGAUGCAAAGUUGCGUUGUAUUGCAACAGGAACACCCACACCAGUAAUAAAAUUUGCAAAAGUUGGGAGCAACUUCACUCAUAGGCACAUUGUGGAAGGUGACACACUGACAAUUGAACAAACAGUUGUCCAAGAUCGUGGUCACUACAUCUGCUUGGCAGAAAACAGAGAAGGCAUAGCUCGAGCCACUGCUGUGCUGGAAGUGGAUCGGCGGGAGGUUCCACUUGUGGAGAUCUACCCCAAGAACAUACCUCCACUUCACCAUGGAGACACUGCAUUUCUGCAGUGCAGACCCACAGCUGGGAUACCAACACCGACAGUGGAAUGGACGCGGGCUGACGGCAGUCCUUUCACUCCCAGCACCGAAUUGACUGGUCCUGGAAUAAUUCGAUUUACUAGAUUCUCCAAGGAUGAAGAAGGAACAUAUGUUUGUUCUGCUGAGAAUGCAAUGGGCAAGGUCACUGCGCAAACGGCACUAAAGUUGCAGGGGACACCAUUUGUGCGCAUCCUUCAACAAAACCCUUAUGCUGUGAGGGUUGGUGACCAGAUCAGGCUGGACUGCAUCGCUGAGGGUGAUCCAAAGCCUACGGUUACCUGGGAGCGCAUUGGCCAGCCCAUCACCACUUACUCCAACAUCGAUGAGCUGCAGGGUGGCACCACCACUCUGUUCAUUCGUCGUGUGGCACCUUCAGACAGUGGCAUCUACGUCUGCAAGGCUGCAAACCAUGGAGGGGUGUCUGAAGAGAGGAUUGAAGUUACCGUUGAAGGGAACCGCCAUUCACAUUCCAUUCCAAGGCUGGUGGCAGAUGAUAGAGUUGUGACUGCUUCAAUUGGAAAAAGAGCAGAGCUUCGCUGCCACAUUGAAGGAACAUCUCGUCCUCUUCAAAUUGUUUGGUCAAAAGUCUUGCCCGAUGGCAACUUGGCAGAAGUUCCUUCAGACAAUGGCAUUGUGCACUUUGAGCGAGUGCAGGCAAGUGAUGCAGGCGUCUAUGCUUGCCAGGGCAAAGAAGAUGGUGCUGCCAUACUGGACACCCGUGUUACACUCGCUCUAGUGGCUCCGCCUCGAAUUCAGCUGAACCCGACCCAGCAGACAGUACGUCCAGGCCACCACGUGUACAUCCAAUGCUCGGCCAUCGGGGAGCCGCCCAUCACGUACCAUUGGACAAGGCAGGGUGGGCAGCUGCCUCCAAGCACUGUGCAGAGGGAUGGCCUGCUCGAAUUCCGUGGUAUCUCGAUCUCGGAUGCUGGUCGCUAUAUCUGUACAGCUGCCAAUGCUGCCGGAGAAGCUGAAGGGGUUGCUGAUGUCAGGGUCACAGAGGGUGUUGAAAUCGGAUCACUGCGAAAAGAAGAGACAGCAUUUGUGGGCUCAAACAUAGAGCUGCGCUGUCCACUGACGGGCUCCCCUGAGAGAAUUGAAUGGACAAAAGACACCCAUGCCUUGCCACCAAAUGCUAGACAAGUGAAUGGAGAACUCUGGAGGUGCCCCUGAACCAAGAAAAAUGACUGCAGAACGAUACCAUAAGGGCUUCACUGGCUCCAUAAUGAAUGUGCAAAUCCAGGAUUCUGGUGUCCUGAACCUCUACGAUGACUCAAUCAGCUCAGCGAAUGCUGACCAAUGUGAAGAGCAUGUGGGAAGUGGAGACUACUUCAUGCACUUUGGGACAAGCAACAAGUGACCUUCUGCAAAGCAGCUAUUUUCCCAGCCUUUCCAUUAGCACUAUUUUUUUCUCAGUCAUCACACUAGAGCAAGACUGCUUUAUUCAGUCAAGGGAAAAGAAAGCCCAUUUUUCCUGGCCUAGAAACUAGGCAUCAUUUAGUGAUGUCUUUUAUUUUGCUUGCUUGAUUUCUGCACGUGUGUUUUCUUCUUACCAAGGAGCCAUUUUUGCAAAGGCAGUCUAUUUUCUUAUCAUGUCAUUCACUCUAGUCUCCUGUAUUUAUCAGUGCCACUUUGUUUUGGAGCAAGCAGCAUUGUGUGUGUGAUCAUCCUUUUGUCCUGAAGUGGAUGAUAGUGCGCUGCAAGAUCCAAGAAGAAAGGUUGCUUCUUACUCUCCAUUCUGAGAGCAGCCUUGGAAUCUGUGCUUCAUCUAUGCAUUUCAGUGUUAGCGCACAUGGAGUGUGUUUAGUUCACUCAUCACAGAAUCAUUGCUUCUUCAUUUUGUGUCACAGAACCUUCUUUUUUUGCAAGAUAAGCACACAGCCAGUGUAUCAACAUUCUCGUUUGGCAGCAAUACGACUCCCUGUUAUUACGUAAACUGGCAUGUGGGCUCAAGGGCAUUUGCAGCCAUGUCUCAAACUGUUUUCAGCAGCAUGGUGUGACCACAAUUUGCUUUUGUGCAUAGCAGUUGUGCCAAAUUUUUGUUUGCAUGAAGGCAUUUCCAAACCGGUGAAUUCCUUCUUCAGCCUCAUCCUUUAACACUUCUUUGCUUCAUUCUCUUACUUACAAGAUGAAAGAAAAACAAUCGUAGCUUUGUGUACGACACCAGCACGUGACCCGGUUCAGAGCAAGUGCCAACGUGGGUACAGUCAGAAUGUAUAAAAUGGCUUAUUUAUGAUGACAUACUUUUCUACUUUUUUUAUGCAAGCCUGCAGUAUGUAGUAUGCGUGGAUAGAAUGCAAUCAAUCAAAGGCAGCAAAUGUCUUGUCUUGGUUCGUGACACACAAUUUAAGUGUAAGCUAAUUUCACCACUAAAUUGUACCAUUCAGCUGCAGUCAAGGUUCUCAUUUUCUGUCUGUCUUUUGAAUGGUCAGUGUCACUUGUUUUUUAUUUAGUAUGGGAUUGAGUAUUCUGAUAUGACAAGUGAUUCAGGUAAAAUAUUACUAUGAGUGUGUACAUAUUCAGGGUGUUGACUGCAGCUUUGGUGGUGCGGCCACUGCCAUUUACAACUAUCAAAUUUUGUUCUUUUUUUGUUUCAAUGUGCUACGCUGCUUAUUUCUAGGUGUCAGCAGCAGCUGCACUUACUUUGUUGCGCCUAGUUUCACUGCUCCAAAAUUGCAAUAAAGCUGAUGUUUGUUAAUGUUUGA